GGGCUGCAUUGUGAAUUUCGAAAGACAGCUGUGUUUCGGCUCGCAUACACUUUGGGAAAGUGAAAAUGAGGUAGGUUCAUUUUUGCAUGCAAAAUGAAUAAAAUGUAUUUUCCCCCAUCUCUAGAUAAGGUAGGGGUUGUGGGUUUGGGUGGGCUUCUUUCCAUUAAAUGCUUCUCCAGCACCCCGCAGUCUCCCUGGCUGUCCGUGCUUCCCGAUAUGUCAAUGUCCCAUGAGAGGAUUUACCUCCUGACAACUUCUCCUGGAUUUUAUUUGAAGCAUGGGAAAUCAAAAAGGCUGGCUACCCUAGAACCUGGAAAUAGUGCACAUGCUGAGUUUUGAGAGCCAGUGUGGUGUAGUGGUUAAGAGCAGCGGACUCGUAAUCUGGUGAACCGGGUUCGCUUCCCCGCUCCUCCACAUGCAGCUGCUGGGUGACCUUGGGCCAGUCACACUUCUCUGAAGUCUCUCAGCCUCACUCACCUCACAGAGUGUUUGUUGUGGGGAAGGGAAAGGAGAUGGUUAGCCGCUUUGAGAGUCCUUAGGGUAGUGAUAAAGUCAGGUCCAAACUCCUCCUCCUCCUCCUCCUCCUCCUCCUCCUCCUCCUCCUCCUCUUCUUCUUCUUCUUCUUCUUCUUCUGUUCUUUCUAUCUACCUUUUUAAAAAGAAAACGCAACUAUUUCUGCACUGAUUUCUUUAAAAGUAAAUCCCAGUGUUGCACCAUAUGUGCCGUUGGGAAUGCAUUCCAGAGGGCAGGUACCAGCACACUAAAGGCCUGAGCCAUAGUGAACAUGCAUUAAACCUCAGGAACACUAUAGCAUCUUUUGCACAACAGGUGGCACUAUGGGUUAAACCACAGAACCUAGGGCUUGCCAAUCAGAAGGUCGGCGGUUCGAAUCCCCGUGAUGGGGUGAGCUCCCAUUGCUCGGUCCCUGCUCCUGCCAACCUAGCAGUUUGAAAGCACGUCAAAGUGCAAGUAGAUAAAUAGGUACCGCUCCAGCGGGAAGGUAAACGGCGUUUCUGUGUGCUGCUCUGGUUCGCCAAAAGUGUCUUGGUCAUGCUGGCCACAUGACCUGUAUGCCGGCUCCCUCGGCCAAUAAAGCGAGAUGAGCGCUGCAACCCCAGAGUCGGUCACGACUGGACCUAAUAAUCAGGGGUCCCUUUACCUUUAACAGCAUCUCUCUAGGUUGGAGGCAAAAUAGAGGGCAGUAUUAGAGGGCUCAGAGAACCCUGAGGUUUGCAGCAAUACAAUUUUUCUUUAAAGCUCUUCCUAGAAGUUAAGGACAACAUUUUCUUGCAGGUCCAUCUUGUAACUCUUUGUGGCCUCGUCCCAAUCCUUUCACCUUGCAUGUACAGUAGUACCUCGGGUUACAUACACUUCAGGUUACAGACGCUUCAGGUUACAGGCUCUGCUAACCCAGAAAUAGUACCUCGGGUUAAGAACUUUGCUUCAGGAUGAGAACAGAAAUCGUGCUCCGGCAGCGCGGUGGCAGCGGAAGGCCCCAUUAGCUAAAGUGGUGCUUUGGGUUAAGAACAGUUUCAGGUUAAGAACGGACCUCCAGAACGAAUUAAGUACUUAACCCGAGGUACCACUUUAUGUCCAUGUAGUCAUCCUCUCCCCCUCUGCCAGAGUGCUGUUUGUUAGUACAGAGCAGGGAGUCAGCAACCUAAGGUCCAUGGCCUGGAAGCAGCCCACGGAGGUCGUUUGACAGGCCCAUGAGCCACCCUCAAACGAAGCUGCCUGCACUAAACUGGUGCGGCGCAGCACAGGGACUCGCUUCCACAGUGCUGAAAAUUGCAUCUGCGCAGACUAAGAUAUAGAAAAUCGUGGGCGCGAAUGCGCAGACGCUGAAAAUCACGGGCGUGCGCAAUCACUCACAUACACAAUCUGGCCCAAGGAGGGAUCUCCAUGGGACCGAUCCGGCCCCAGCAAGAUAAACCUUGCUAACCGCUGGAAUAAUAAUAAUAAUAAUAAUAAUAAUAAUAAUAAUUUAUUAUUUAUACCCCACCCAUCUGGCUGGGUUUCCCCAGCCACUCUGGGCAGCUUCCAACAAAACAUUAAAAUACAAUAACCUAUUAAACAUUAAAAGCUUCCCUAAACAGUGCUGCCUUCAGAUGUCUUCUAAAAGUUUGGUGGUUAUUUUUCUCUUUGACAUCUGGUGGGAGGGCGUUCCCAGGCUGUGCACCUUGUCCUUCAGGGGCACAGUUACCCUAUUCAGGACUAGGGAGUCCUCCACACCCACCUGCCUCCUGUCCCCCAAAAACAGUACUUCUGUCUUGUCAGGAUUCAGCCUCAAUCUGUUAGCCGCCAUCCAUCCUCCAGCCACCUCCAGACACUCACACAGGACCUUCACCGCCUUCACUGGUUGUGAUUUGAAAGAGAGGUAGAGCUGGGUAUCAUCCGCAUACUGAUGAACACCCAGCCCAAACCCCCUGAUGAUCUCUCCCAGCGGCUGCAUGUAGAUGCUGAAAAGCAUGGAGGAGAGGACAAAACCCUGAGGCACCCCACAAGUGAGAGCCCAGGGGUCUGAACACUCAUCCCCCAACACCACUUUCCGGACAUGGCCCAGGAGAAAGGAGCGGAACCACUGUACAGUGCAUCUGACACCCUGGGUCCACACCAAACACUUUUGAAACCAGUUUCACUCCGCCUUGGCAUUCAACACUUGCUACGUAAAAUCUGGCUCUCUUGAGUCCCAAAACAUCCCAUCCAUUUGACAGCUCUCCUUCAAUCCAUCUUCUCAACCCCAAACACUGGUGAUACCAGGGGUGCCAACUUGAGUAAAUAUGGGGGGGGGAGCCCUGCCCUGCAUAAUCAAUCACACGAUGCAGUGCAUUUGAAUAGCAAUGCCCAUCAACUUUGGGGGACCACGGCGUCCCGCUCAAAUAUUUUAUUGGGAGGACCAAAGGGACCUUGGCCUCCUAGGAGUUGGCUCCUAUGAGUGAUACUCCAGGCUGUUAGCUUCUAAAGACAAACCAACACACAUCUUUUGCCUUUUGUUCACACAGUGUUUUUGAAUACCCUUUCCUAAGAGUCUGAGAUCCCCUUUCUGUCACAUUUCCAGUCCAGUGUUUUGCACUGACACUCUAAAAACAGAGGGAAACAGUGGGAGGUAUCUGGUUCCAACUGAGCUUCCUCAGGCUCAUAAACCAUUUUCUGGUUGCUCCUGAGAACUAUCCCAGCUCCUGGACUUUUCUCAAUGACACUUCAUUAGCCCAUGUGUGGAGCUGACACAUCUCGCCUCUCCAUCAACUGACCUUUUGGACAGUCAAGCAGCUCACUGCACUAAGCUAACUCUCCCCACCACUGCCAAAGUUGGAAUUUGUAGUUGAAACCAAGCAGGUGACUUGAAGGCAGCUGUGAAAAGCUGAGCAGUCAUAAAAGCGCAAGCUGUCCAUUCAAAGAGAAUCAUCACUGUGCAAGCGCCUAAAGCAGACAUAGCCAGCACUGUGCUCUCCACAGUUUAUUGGACUACAACUCCCAUCAGCCCUAGCCAACACAGUCAAUGGUGAGAGAUGAUGGGAGUGGAGUCCAACAGCAUCUGCAGGGAGCAAGUUGAGGAAGGCGGAUCUAAAGCAGUAAUCCGCAGCGCUCUCCACUGGCUGGGCUUACGAAUCAGAGGACAGAAAUGAGAAGAACUGGAAGAAGUGUGAGUGCCUGGAGGUGGUUGGAGGAUGGAUGGCGGCUAACGGAUUGAGGUUGAAUCCUGACAAGACAGAAGUACUGUUUUGGGUGGACAGGAGGCGGGCAGGUAUGGAGGACUCCCUUGUCCUGCAUGGGGUAACUGUACCCCUGAAGGAGGAGGUGCACAGCCUGGGAGUCAUUUUGGACUCACAGCUGUCCAUGGAGGCGCAGGUCAAUUCUGUGUCCAGGGCAGCUGUUUACCAGCUCCACCUGGUACGCAGGCUGAGACCCUAUCUGCCCGUGGACUGUCUCGCCAGAGUGGUGCAUGCUCUAGUUAUCUCCCACUUAGACUACUGCAACACGCUCCACGUGGGGCUACCUUUAAAGGUGACCCGGAAACUACAAUUAAUCCAGAAUGCAGCAGCUAGACUGGUGACUGGGAGUGGCCACCGAGACCACAUAACACCAGUCUUGAAAGACCUGCAUUGGCUCCCAGCAUGUUUCCAAGCAAAAUUCAAAGUGUUGGUGCGGACCUUGAAAGCCCUAAACCGCCUCAAAGGCCCAGUAUACCUGGAGUGUCUCCACCCCCAUCUUUCUGCCCGGACACUGAGGUCCAGAGCCAAGGGCCUUCUGGCGGUUCCAUCACUGCAAGAAGUGAAGUUACAGGGAACCAAGCAGAGGACCUUCUUGGUAGUGGCACCCACCCUGUGGAAUGCCCUCCCAUCAGAUGUCAAAGGAAUAAACAACUAUCUGACGUUUAGAAGACAUCUGAAGGCAGCCCUGCUAAGGGAAGUUUUUUAAUGACUGAUGUUUUAAUGUAUUUUUAAUCUCCUGUUGGAAGCCACCCAGAAUGGCUGGGGAAACCCUGCCAGAUGGGUGGGGUAUAAGUAAUAAAAUUAUUAUUAUUAUUAGAAGCCCAAUGCCCUUCCUUUUCUUCAUCCUAGCCCUGGCCACAGCUCCAUCAUCUUGUUUCUGGUAUUAUUCCUCACCCCUGCAUGGGACCAAAUCUCAGCCUCUACUCUGGCCUUAAGCUGAAGUUGACAUCUGGCUAGGUUGGUCAAGGUGUCAACUCCAGAGAGAAAGGGUCAGAGUCACAAGCCUUCUAGUGAGCCGAGUCUGGCUCAGUGUUCUGGGGGUUUGCAUGCAGGGGCCCAACAGAUAAGGGACAUUCAGGAAUAUUUCAUUCAUUAAUCAAUAAAAUAAUAUGGCAGCCAGAGAUGACAUAUUCCAAAGUAUAUCUAGACGGAAGCUGAAAACUAGGCCUGUGCACAGUCCCUAUUCCUCAUUCCCUGAUCCAGUUCAGAGACUGAUUUGGCAUAGUGGAUCAGGCCCAAUCUAAUCUGGGACCAGUGCCAGAUUUACAUAUAAGCUAAACAAGCUAUAGCUUAGGGCCCCACUCUCUUGGGGCCCCCCCAAAAAAAUUAAAGGGAAAAAAAACCUGGAUGUACAUUUCCAAAAUAUAAGAUAAAAAACAAAACGAAGAAAACCUACAUACAGCAACAGUGUUUGUGUUGUGUCGGCUCCUAUGAUGUAAGUAAUGGGCCCCGCCUGCUAGCCUGCUCCCUAAAAUAUCACUGGUUUGCUCAUUUACUUUGAUGAAAUACAUAUUUUGUUAUGUGCAAAUGGCUUUAGAUACCUAUUAGGUCCAUAAAUUACCAUAUAGCAUAUAUUCAACACAAAAAAACAGAGACAAUUUGUUGUUGACAAAGGACAGCUGGAUAUAUAAAGGUCCCCAUUACCUUCAGUAGCUUAGGGCCUCAUCAAACCUAAAUCCGGCCCUGUCUGGGACAGUCCGAUCCCAACCUGAGCCUUGAACCCAACUGGGAGCCUUGCAGAGCCUUUUAAGUUUAAUUAAGAUUUUAAAUCCUAAUGAAAUGUGGUUUGUGGGGGGGGGGAGAAGGAGGUGCAGGUGGAGACUCUUGCCUGUGUCUCCUUCUCCCCACCCCACAUGUUUAAUAGAUUCCUGCAUUGCAGAGGUUUGGACUAGAUGAUUAUCGUGGUUCCUUUCAACUCUAUGGUUCUAUGUGGUUGGUUUCAAGGAAGGGGGAAAUAAAGACAGGUGACAGUCUCCUUCUUCUGCUCCAUGCCACUGGCCACAUACUGUAUUUAAUUAGGGUUAAAAACCUGAUUAAACAUGCAGUUACUGUUAGAAUUCCUGAUCUAUGGUUGCAGUCAUGGGAUUGUUGUCUAUCACAUGACGGUGUAUGUUUUGACCCCACAGAGUGGGAAGUGACAGAGACAGGAUGUUUGUGUUACUGUGUUCCGUGAAGUGGGACUAUUGUCCUUUGUUCUUUUUCUCUUUGCUGUCUGAUGCUAGAGAGAGAGAGAGGGAGCCAUGUUGCAGUGCUCCAUGUGUGUUUAUAUGUGUGCUGGUCCCGGGGGGGGUUACCGUGCUGCGAGGUCUGAGUCCGGUCCUGGGUCAAGGGUCUGGAGGCUGUCCAUCAAGGGUGAAGCAGGGUCCAAGGCAAGGAGCCGGGCAUGGUCAGGAACUUCAGAAGAGCAGGUCAGGCUCCUGGCCUUAAGGCGAGCACUCCUCCUGAGAGAACCCAGUUCCCUCCGCCUCUCUGCCCUGAGCCUCUGCAGCUCAGGAGAGGCUGGAGGGUUACUGGACCCAGAGGCAACCUCACCUUCCCCUGACAGGGCUGGGAGAGGAGCACCAGCAGGCAAUGGGUCCUCGAUCACCUCCGGAGCAAGAGCGGAUUCAGCUGGUGUCUGCUCCUGAGGAUCCAGCACAGGUGGGGGCCCUUCAGAUUCAAGCCCCUGCCCCGGCUCAGCUGGCCCUGGAGGCGGGGACUCCUGUGCAGGCUGGGAUUCCUCCGAUUCAGCCUCUGAAUCAGAUUCCCAGGCCAUCACAAUAUGUAAAUAAAGUAGAUUAGCCAAAAUGCUGAGUUGCUGAGGUCUGUCACACAAGUUGCACAAACACUGCAGAUCCCUAAGUGUGCUGGUGUCGGUUGGCAUCGGUCGCUGUGAUGUUCGGGCUGAAGAAAGCUUUUGAAGCUCCCCAACGAUCAACCAGGAGGAAGGGAACAUGCCAGUCGGGCAUGUGUCUCUGCCAGGGUUCUACUCGAGUGUAGGCUGAACUCCUGACAGUAAUCCAGUCCUUGGUGGACCUUACCUGAUCUGGGGCUCUCUCAAACCACUCCAGUGCACACCCCUUUUGAAAACACCUGUUGUUGUGUUGACAUCUGGGGCCAGGUCAGAACCAUCCUGCAAAUGUCCAAAGAAAUCAUAUUACUGUAUAUAUUUUAUGGAGACGUACUGGUGAGGGUCGGCACAGUUAUCACAAUCCCAACCAUAUCUCCGGGAAACGUGCAAAGGAGCGAGUGGUUUUCAACACUAACCAGCGAAAGCUAACACAGUAGCAGAUUUUUCCAACAUUCACCAGACCAUUUGAGAGUGUGUAGUUAACAUUUCCAGGUUUAUCUCUGACUCCAUCAACAUUCUCAGACAUUCGCAAGAGGAGUCAGAAAAUGGUGACACCCACCAGUGGCCAAUAAUAAUAAUAAUAAUAAUAAUAAUAAUAAUAAUAAUAAUAAAUUUUAUUUAUAUCCCGCCCUCCCCAGCCAAAGCCAGGCUCAGGGCGGCUAACAACAAACAAAUAAUCAAACAAUCAAAUAAUGCAACAUUCUAAAACAUUUCAUUAUAAAAAUUAAUUAAAAUCAAAUUAAUGGCAACCGUUAAGCAAAGUUCUGUGCAGGUUGCCAGAGGAAGGAGUCAGGCUGGGCCCUGACCAAAGGCCUGGUGGAACAACUCUGUCUUGCAGGCCUUGCGGAAAGAUGUCAGGUCCCGCAGGGCCCUAGUCUCUUGUGACAGAGCGUUCCACCAGAUUGGAGCCGCAGCCGAGAAAGCCCUGGCUCUAGUUGAGGCCAGCCUAACCUCUCUGAGGCCUGGGACCUUCAGGAUGUUUUUAUUUGCAGACCGUAGGUUCCUCUGUGGGGCAUACCAGGAGAGGCGGUCCCGUAGCAGUCACAGGUCUUCAUAGUAACCUUAUGUUACAAAUCAAAAAGUUUCUGCCAAGUUAAAAUGAUGCCAUUACAAUUCUACCCGUCCUCAGGCAAUCUGGAACUGGUAUUUUUGCAUCAUAGUCUUGCCCUUUUUAAAAUUGCCAGCAAUGAUUACAUUUUGGCAGCAAACAGGGUUUCAUCAGUUUCUGGUAUGUUUAAAAUACUGUAAAAGAUCUGUAUCUUUCAGAUGAGAUGGUAUCAGCUUUAUUUUUGACGUGCCUGGACUGAAUAGUUUGCUUUGGGAACAACCAAUCGCAUGGCCUUUUGUGAGGAUAGGACCAUUAAAUGGGUUAGUCACAAGAUGUCGCUGGGCUUAGCUACACCUAGGUGGAGUCAGGAGUUUCCUGUGUCUGUUGUACUUUCGUUUAAGAUAGACAAUAAACUUCUUGUCUGGGUUCUCUCGACUUGGAGUGACCUCUAAGCCUUCCAUGACACAUUUUAUUUCUUCUUCUUUUUCCAUAUACGAACUUGCUUUGAAGUUCUUUGAAGUUCUCGGCCCAGCCCAAGCCUUUGAGUGUUGGGAUGCUUGAGACCUGCUCCUAGAGGGAAGUGCGUAGCAGCAGUGCCCUUUCACAAACUUGGGGGGCAAAGAGGGAAGGGAGUGUGGUGAAGGAACCGGCAAAAUGGAAAAUAGCCAUCUUAAGUAUGAGAACUUCAAACGGGCACUACCAGAUGAUGCUCAUUCAGCCCCCAAGUCUAACUAAAACUUACCUUUCCCUAGUUUGGGCCUCUCAUGUGAGGCUGUGUUGUAACAUCGUCAGGCUUUUACGAAGCGCAGUACACAGGAAAUCAUAUUUGAAGGCCAUGGCAUGUGUGGUAUUUUUUUAAAGGUCACUUUGCUUUUUAAUAGAGCCCUGUACUUUUAACUGCAUUUCCCCUCCCGAUUCAUUCUUCCGCUAAUCUAUUUUUAAAACGAUAUCCCUUCCAACAGGAGGCAUAGUAAUGUAAUUCCUCAGAAAAUUAGCGACUGAUAAACAUCCAGUUUUUGUGUGUGUGUGUUCUAGUCCAAAAGUUAAUCCAGCGCUGAUCAAAUCCCUUUGGAAGAGGAAAGCAUACAUUGUUCUGGUGUGUGCUUCAGAUCCUUUUGCAAGCAAUCCAACCCACUCUAUUCAAGCCUUCAAGCCAACAUUUAGGAAAGGCCAUUUACAUGUUCUGUAUAGUAAAAGCUAUGGUUUUCCCAGUAGUGAUGUAUGGAAGUGAAAGCUGGACCAUAAAGAAGGCUGAUCGCCGAAGAAUCGAUGCUUUUGAAUUAUGGUACUGGAGGACACUCUUGGGAGUCCCAUGGACUGCAAGAAGAUCAAACCUCUCCAUUCUGAAGGAAAUCAGCCCUGAGUGCUCACUGGAAGGACAGAUCCUGAAGCUGAGGCUCCAAUACUUUGGCCACCUCAUGAGAAGAGAAGACUCCCUGGAAAAGACCCUGAUGUUGGGAAAGAUUGAGGUCACAAGGAGAAGGGGAUGACAGAGGACGAGAUGGCUGGACAGUGUUCUCGAAGAUACCAGCAUGAGUUUGACCAAACUGCGGGAGGCAGUGGAAGACAGGAGUGCCUGGCGUGCUCUGGUCCAUGGGAUCACGAAGAGUCGGACACGACUAAAUGACUAAACAACAACAACAACAUUUACAUGUUCAGAAGGUUCAGGCUGUAUGUACUUAAUAAGGCACAUUUAUGAUACUGAAAUGAAAACUGCACUGUAUUAGAAGAUGGCACAGUGACAGGAGUGAUUUGCCUUAGACCAGCGUUCCUCAGUCUUGGGUCCCCAGAUGUUAGCAAGCUUAGCCAAUGGCCAAGAAUGAUGGGACUUGUAGUCUCAGGUGAAGAACACUGCCUUGAACAGGGGUCAGCAAACUUUUUCAGCAGGGGGCCGGUCCACUGUCCUUCAGACCUUGUGGGGGGCCGGACUAUAUUUUGGGAGGGGGCAGGGGAAUGAACGAAUUCCUAUGCCCCACAAAUAACUCAGAGAUGCAUUUCAAAUAAAAGGACACAUUCUACUCAUGUAAAAACUCGCUGAUUCCUGGACCAUCCAUGGACUGGAUUUAGAAGGUGAUUGGGUCAGAUCCGGGCCCCGGGCCUUAGUUUGCCUACCCAUGGCCUUGAACCAUCCAAAAGGAGAACUAAUAGUGAGUGGAAGUAGCUGUGGGUCUGGCUCUCUUAUUGACUCCAUCUUGAUGGUGACUGAAACUGCUGCUGUGGAUGGUCCCUAAAUACCAAAAGCAUGGUUACAAAUUUAACUACAUCUGGAACACUGACGGCAGAACCACAUGUCGUUGUUUUGGUUUUACAGUGGUACCUCGGGUUAAGUACUUCAUUCGUUCCGGAGGUCUGUUCUUAACCUGAAACUGUACUUAACCUGAAGCACCACUUUAGCUAAUGGGGCCUCCUGCUGCCGCCGCACCGCCAAAGCACGAUUUCUGUUCUCAUCCUGAAGCAAAGUUCUUAACCUGAAGCACUAUUUCUGGGUUAGCGGAGUCUGUAACCUGAAGCGUAUGUAACCUGAAGCGUAUGUAACCCGAGGUACCACUGUACUGAUAUGCAGCUACAGUUGGUUGGGAAUAUCUUCAGACUAGCAAACAGGUUUUUAUUAUCUCUUUCGCAACCACACCAUUUCCUCCAUAGUUAUUUUUCUUCCUGUGAGGCAAGCAGCAGCUAGGGGGUGGAAGGAUUCUGAUCAGGAAAAGGAGGCAGAACUGGUAGCCUUCACCUUCCUCCCUCUCCAUGGCUGUAUAUCACGGUUUAAAACGGUCCAAUGUGGACAGGUGUCCAUGGCAGGAGUGGAGUGCACCAGAAAGAGGCUACCUCUCCCCUAUGCCGCACUGCAUGUUCAUGUGGUGCCCAGUGUCAAAUCAUUUGUGGGCAAUCAGAUUCUAGACCAGGGUUCCAUACACAACAGGAGCAGCUUCCUCGCUACAAUCUAGUGAAAGUCAGCUUUUGCCAGGAUGCUGUCAGCUGCUCCCGGCUGGUUGCCCAGGAAAGAAUAAAGACAAGGAAUUGUUUCUUAUCGUCUUUUUUUUUAUUUCAAUAUUUACAGGGAGAGGCUAUAGAACCCAGCCUCUUGGAUAAUGGCAUUGUCCUGAGUGAAUCUCCACCUCCCGUCUCUCCCACUUCCUCAAUCAUCUCUCUUACGGGUGCUGCUACAUGCCCUCUGUCUUUGAGCUCUUUGCUCUCCUACUUUUAAGGCUCGCCAGGCUCUGGGAGAUGGAGGGUCUGGGAUGCUUUCUAAUGACAACGUGUCAGCCAGGUGUUGUUCUGACUUUCCCAUGAUUUCCCAGCUUUACCCCUCACCUGCCUCUGAGCUGCUACCUCCCUCAAAUCCCUGUUGUAAAUCUGUACUGUCUUCCUCUUCCUCCUCUCUGGAGGGGUCAGGAUGGGGAGGCAAUCUCCACCAUUCCUCCUCUGCCCAGUCCCUAACAGCCUUUAACAGAAAUAGUAGCAGUUCAAAAGCACAUGCAAGUGGCCCCCCCUCCAAGUUGAUGGGCAUUGCCAUUCAAAUAGUGUUCAUGCACCAUUUUGGGGAAUCGAUUGUGUGGGGUGGGGGCUUGCCUGCUCCCUCCCAAAUAUUUUCUUCAAGUUGGCACCCCUGAUUUCAACAAAUGUCUUGUGCAUGAUAGCUCUCUUCAGGCAUUGAAGAGUGAGGGGGCAAGGUCACUGGCCCGGACCCCUCCCCACUGCCCUUCAUACAUUGGGGGGAGGGCUAAAUGCCUGCAGCUCAGAGGUUUCUCCACCCUAGGCUCUCACACAGUUUAGAACCUGCAUAGUUAGAUGAAGUUUACGGCAUGUAAUGCCUUAAGAGAGAAUAUUAUGAAAAUGAUAUACAGGUGGUACAUAACCCCAGUCAAGCUUGCAAAAAUCUACCAUUUGCCCGAUAAUAAGUGUUGGAAAUGUAAAGAAACUGAAGGUACAUUCUUUCACCUUUGGUGGACGUGCCCAAGGAUUAAGGUUUUCUGGGAGAUGAUUUAUAAUGAAUUAAAAAGGUAUUUAAAUAUACCUUCUUGAAGAAACCAGAGGCCUUUCUCCUGGGCAUAGUCGGCCAAUCGGUGUUAAAGAAGGACAGAACUUUCUUUAUGUAUGCUACAACAGCAGCAAGAAUACUUAUUGCAAAGCAUUGGAAGACACAAGAUCUACCCACACUGGAGGAAUGGCAGAUGAAAAUGAUGGACUACAUGGAAUUGGCGGAAAUGACUGGUAGAAUCCGAGACCAGGGAGAAGAGUCGGUGGAAGAAGAUUGGAAGAAAUUUAAAGACUACUUACAGAAAUAUUGUAAAAUUAAUGAAUGUUAGAAUGAUGUUGGAUUGAAGUUAAGUGGUUUCUAGCUGUAAUGGUAUAAAAGAACAUGGAAAAAUUGUAUUUUCAAUACGUAAAAACCUAAUGCUAUAAUAUAUUAAGAUUAAAGAUUAGGAUUAAAAAGGAGGGAAAGGAAUUGCUGGACUAAUAAAUUGAACUGGAAUACAAAAAAGGGAGGUAUGAGGAGGUCCGGGAAACAAGUAAAUGUAAGAGAAGUGAUGAAAAGAUGGAAUUGUUUUUAAAUUUUUUUUUUUUGUAUUUUGUAUUUUUCUUUUUUCUAUUUUUCUCUUUCUUACUUAUGUAUCCUUCUUUUGAAACCUUAAUAAAUAUCAUUAAAAAAAAAUAGAACCUGCAUAGUUAGGGUUCGAAACUGCUCGGGGAGCCCUCAUUUACUGAUCAGGCUCCCUGCUGCAGACACUGAACUCCCCAUUUUUGGAGAGUGAGGCUGAUGGGUGACAUGGAAUUAACGCAAUAAUAAGAAAAAUGUAUUCCUUUACACAACAGCAGCUGCCAGAAUAUUGAUUUCAAAAAACUGGAAGGGGGAGAAAAUCCCAUCACUACUAGAAUGGCAAAACAAACUCUGUGAGUUUGUAGAAAUGGCAAAAUUGACGGCAAUUAUUAGAGGCCAGUCAAAUCAGAGAAUAAUUAGAGCGUGGGAUGGAGUGAAAGGAAUACAUGAAAAAAUAUGGUUCCGGAAUUGAAAUAUUAAUAGAGAAUGUGUAAAGCGUGCAAGGGUAAGCAAGAAAAUAAUAAUAGAAUCCAUUGAAUAAUUAUUAAAUUAUAACAACACAAGAAGAUGGAAGAAGUAAAAUAUUGAGAUCACACAUGGGUGAAGGGGAGUGGGGGGUAUAUGGGAACCUAUAAUAUCAUUUAUAAUAUAAUUUGUUAAUUGCGUUGUCUUUACAUAUAGCAAAGGGAAGCCUAGAGCAAUUAGAUAUAUUUCAAUUUAGGUAAUAUAUGUAAUAGGCUUAUGUUAGAAAAUGAAUACGGAUUUUGAAUUUGAUGUUUGUAAUUUUUUUAGGUUUUGAAAUAUAUAUAUUUUUAAAAGGAAUUAACACAGUAAACCUCUGAGCGACCACCACAGCCAGGAUUGUGUAAGAGAUCUCAGAGAGGCCGUUCUCAAGAAAACUAGUUCUGGUGGAUGUAUUUUGGCUGUUGUUGUUAUUGCUAUUAUAUUUAUUAUCUGCUCUUCACCAGUGGGUCCCAGAGUGGGUUACAACCUUUUAAUGUUUAGCAUUUUGGGGGGGGGGGGACCAGGAAGAACAUAUCACAUGCAUGGUGAAGGAAAAAGGGAAAGGUAAAAGGUAAAGGACCCCAGAUGGUUAAGUCUAGUCAAAGGCAACUAUGGGGUUGCGGCGCUCAUCUCGCUUUCAGGCCAAGGGAGCUGGCGUUUGUCCACAGACAGCUUUCUGGGUCAUGUGGUCAGCAGGACUAAACCGCUUCUGGUGCAACAGGACACAGUGACAGAAACCAGAGAGCACGGAAACGCCGUUUAUCUUCUCACCACAGUGGUACCUAUUUAUCUACUUGAACUUCUACUUGCUUUUGAACUGCUAGGUUGGCAGGAGCUGGGACAGAGCAACGGGAGCUCACCCCGUCACGGGGAUUCGAACCGCCAACCUUCUGAUUGGCAAGCCCAAGAGGCUCAGUGGUUUAGACCACAGCGCCACCCGCAUCCCUGCCAUGGUGAAGUGAAAGAACAGGACUGUACAGUGUUACCUCUGGUUACGAACAUAAUUCGUUCCAGAGGUCCGUUCUUAACCUGAAGCACCACUAGCUAAUGGGGCCUCCUGCUGCUGCCGCGAUGCCGCGACGCGAUUUCUGUUCUCAUCCUGAAGCAAAGUUCUUAACCCGAGGUAAUAUUUCUGGGUUAGCAGAGUCUGUAACCUGAAGCGUAUGUAACCCGAGGUACCACUGCACUGCAUGAUGCAGCAGCUAUGGGUUUUUUCUUCCACUGCAAAUAUAUGAAUGAACUAUAUGUUAAGAACACAUUUUAGGUUGCAAUCUUAUACACACCUGGAAAUAAGGUCAAUGGAUUGCAUUAUAAUAUUGUUAAUGCAACCCCAACCCCCCACAAAAAAGAUUUUUUUUAAAUCAAAAGUGUAUCUUAAUCAAUGUAACUCAAUCUCCUGCUAAUAUAAGAAAUGCAAAAUAAUUUAUUGUGUUUAAUAUUAGCAUGAUUAAUCACAACCACGUUUAUUUGUUGCAUAAUCUAUAAAAUGUCUCAGAGUGACUUACAACUGUAAACAGAAGUUUUAAACAGCAUAUUCACCUAAAGGUCCCAUCCCACAAUAUUAUAAAGAGGACAAAGAAGUAAUAAUAGAUUGUGGUAAAGGCCCAGCAGAGUUUCAAGGUUCUGCCUUUGUAAAGAUUUGUCUGAAAUAAAAUAAAAAUUAAAUGCUUUUCUUCCAGAAUUUUUUUCUUUAAUAAAGAAACAAUGAGCUAGCCCGCAUUGCUUUUUCCUUCAAGAAACCGAUCUUGUUGGCCGUGACCUCUUAAAAAAAAAAUCCAGUUAGUAUGUUAAUCUCCAAAACAGCCACACUGUCAACAGCGAGUAAUGUUGUGAAUUGUACAAGCAUACUUGAGUUUUCCUCUCUCAUGUGCACAUCGUGUCCAGGGAGCUAUUAAAUGCAUACACAUGGCUAAUUGCAUGCUGUGGUAUAAUGAGGUGAGCUUUAGGAAUGGCAAAGUUUUCCACUCCCUGCAUUUCCAGGUGAUGUCUGAUGCCCUGUAUAGAAUAACAAAAAAGUUGCAAGAGUUCCCGAGAGCAUGGUGUGAUUCAUUCAGUUGCAGACAUUCUGGAAUAGAAGCCUUUGAGACACGCCAGCAGCAAAGUGGAAGGACUCUCUGGCAAAAGACUCUUGCUUUUUCCCUUCCCCAUACCCCAACAAAACAUUCUAAACAUAUUUUCCCACUUUCCAAAUAUCAGUUCUGUUUCCACUUUCCCCCACCUAGCCUACUCACACACACACACACACACACAUCCUUCCCCCCCCCACCCCACCCCUGUGUGUCUUUGUGUUUUUCCUUGAAGUGGAAAAUGACCUUUAUGUCUGAUCUUGAAAUUCUAAUCGAAAUAAUUCACCAGUGCCAAUGACGUCUGCUUGCCCAAAACAAUAACCGACAGAGAGAGAGAAAGAACAUUUGGCAGCCUCAAAAAGAGCAGAAUUGGCUAUCAAGGUACGCCUUGUCUAGGCACACAACCUUACCAAUACUGCUGGCCACACGACUAAGCAUCUUGAGCCUGCCUACUCCUCCCCAAAGAUUACUUGCUCAGAGACACAACAAGAAGGUUGUUGUGCUACUGGCCCCUGCCCCUGGAUGGAACUGGUGUGGUAGCAGCAGCUGAUAUUUUUUGAAGUGGUGGGGAGCGAAGAGGAAGCGUCCUCAAAUUGAAGUAGUCUAAUGUGCAGGAUUAAGCCUAAUGGUGAGCAGCUGGUUUAUAUACUUACCGAAAACCAGAAGGGGCUGGCUGGAUCAAACCAAAGACCUAUCUCUUCCACUGUUCCAACAAGGUCAGCCAGAUGUUUCUGGUAUGCUCACAAGCCAAACAUGAAGACUGCUGCUGUUUCGAAGUCCCUUGUUCCUCCCCGGUAUUUUGUGUUCUGAAGUCUAAUGCUUUGGAAUAUUGGUGUGUUUGCUAAUUCAUGCCUCUCACAAAUAAUGGCUCACAGGAAGCUUCAGGGUGGCUUAUAUGAUAAUGUGAAGGACCAUGACUCAAUGGUCCAACCUGUAAUGAUCUCAGGCAGGCAAGGAAGCCCGGAUAAGAAGGAAUGACUCUCUGGCAGUUUUAUGUACGUUUAUUUACCCCAAAAACCCCAUCCAGAGCACAGCUCCUCACCUGCUCGCAUUGACGAUAGUUGGGUCAGUCUGAAUCUUCAUCCCUCCCACAGCAGGAAGGGCACCUAAUUCCCGCCCUUCCCCUCUUGCCCUUCCGUUGUCCUCUGAUCUUAUCCUGUCUCCUGGAACGGGGACUGAGAGGCUGGCCUUCCCCCUCCCCACUUUCACUUGACACAGUCUCAGUACUCUGCUUAUCUGCUGAUUGCCUAGCAACGCUCUGGCUGCCUCCCAACUCUCCCACUUCUUGAGAGCUAACAGCAUCCUCUAUGGGAUUGGGGGGGGUCAAACUGCCCCUUCUCGGCUCUGUCAGCCAGCUCUCAUCUGCAGAGUCAGUCCCCCUUUCACUUAGCUCAAUUACUGACUCUGUCUCUUCCCCUGCGCUCUGGUGAGCUACGUUCCUGACACAACCCAUACUUUGAUUGGAAAUGGUUCAGUCCCCAGCAUCUCCAGGAAAGACUUGUUCUGGAGAGCCACUGUCAGUCAAGUGUGUAGACAGCACCACUGAGAUAAAUGGACCAAUGUUCUCGCUUGGUGAAAGGCAGCUUCUUAUGGAUGUAAAAUACGAGCAAUAGAUAGAUGAUAGAUAUAGACAUAGAUAUGGAUAUAGAUAUGGAUAUGGAUAUGGAUAUAGAUAUGUAGAUAUAGAUAUAGAUAUAGAUAUAGACAUAGACAUAGAUAUAGAUGAUAGAUAGAUGAUAGAUAGAUGAUAGAUAGAUAUAGAUAGAUAGAUAGAUAGAUAGAUAGAUAGAUAUCUCAAAACAUCAGAGGAGCAAUGUAUGAAAUGCAACCAUAAAAUCCAUAAUAAGAAAGUCCCACUGAUCUGUCAUAUCUGAUAGUCCUACACUCCGCGAAUCAAGGUGUAUUUAGGUAUUCUUUUAACUCAUGUAGGAAUGAGUAUGGGAGGGAGAAUGUGGCAAUAUAAUGCACUUAACCAUCAAAUAUGGAAAAUUUAUAUAAAGCUAUAAGAAUAUCAUCUGUAUUAUUAUAUGUUACCUGUUAGGGUUUCAGGAUCACCUUUUAUGCAUACCAACAUUAAAACUAAAAACCAAUAGGAAGAACUAAGAACAGGAGUUUAUUUUAUUCUACUAUAUGCGCAGGUGAUUGAUUCCUUUGGACUGACAUGAGCAAUAAAUUUCUUUUAGGCAUCAACAUAAUAUUAAGUCAGGGUGGAAAUCCUGAGUGACUUUUCAGAAACAUCAAUACAGUGGUACCUCGGGUUAAGAACUUAAUUCGUUCUGGAGGUCCAUUCUUAACCUGAAACUGUUCUUAACCUGAAGCACCACUUUAGCUAAUGGGGCCUCCCGCUGCUGUCGUGCUGCCGCCACACGAUUUCUCUUCUCAUCCUGAAACAAAGUUCUUAACCCGAGGUACUAUUUCUGGGUUAGCGGGGUCUGUAACCUGAAGCGUCUGUAACCCGAGGUACCACUGUAUGUCUUUACAAACGUAGUUAACGUAGUGCUCUACAUCUUAAGACGGCUACAGUAAUAAACUGGGUUUCACAAGAACAAAGGAAAACAAAUAUCCAUUCUUAGGAUUUAGAAAUCAAUGUGAUCACAGAUUCUAUUUUGCUGUUUUUACAGAGUUUGUCACAGAACUCUUGCAAGGUUGCAAAAUCUACCUAAUACCUUCUUUUUUCUGAUUGCCUUGGGUGCAAUUCUAAAACCUGCUUUCUGGUACUGAAACUUCUUUGGUGGUGAGAUGAAGUUAUAUCUUGAAUGAUGCUCCUGACAGAUCUCAUGCAGAGGCACUGAUAACCAGAAUAAAGUGUUUCUCAAGGACGUAAUCCAGUAUGCUUUGCCAUAUGGAAUGAAAUCCCAUACUGCCAUCGUCAAUAUCCUUUUGGGGGAAACUUAAUAUGAGGAAUAAAGUGAUCAUAAAGAGGUGUGAUUGAGAUGAAAUGUCAGCACUGUAUGAACCUUCGGUGAAUAAUUUAAUGACACAUAUUGGGCUGGUAUCAAAGAAACCUGGCCAGGAUUUUGAAAAUCAGAUUUUAAUAUAAAAGGUGAUGCCCAGCUUUGGACUGUUGAAUAAAAUGGAUUGUCUGCUCUUGUCAAGAAUGAACAGAACAUGGUGGACAAAGUUCAAGCAAACACAUUCACAAUGUUCACCAUGGCAAAUGGGCAACCACUUAUCAAGUAUAGUAAUUUAAAUCACUGAAAUUGUAAAUGCUUGUAUGCAUUAAUAUGUGUUUAAAUUUGAUUGGUUGGUAACUGAAUUCUAGAGAGUUCUCUAGUGGUUUUCGUGUGGUUGGCCAGCAAUGGUCACAUGGGAAGUAUCUAGUGAAGGAGAGAUUCCAUUUUAUGUGAAGCAAGAGGACUGUGUUUUAGAAUCCACUGUGAACACUGCCAAGUUGAACAGAGCGUUGGAGUGUUUCUUCUCUGCUUGAAAGCAAGAGAGCAAAGCUGCAAGAGAGGGUGAAAGUUGAAAUCUCUCAUAGGAGCUGCUAAUGGAGAUACGGAAGGCUGAGUGCUGAGCUCUGGAAAGGGAGGAAAAUACAGUUUUUUGGAAGUUAGAAGAGACUGUAAGCCCAUGCUUGGAGAAGCAUAUGACUGUAUAUAGGUAAAGGGACCCCUGACCAUUAGGUCCAGUUGUGACCGACUCUGGGGCUGCGGCGCUCAUCUCACUUUAUUGGUCAAGGGAGCCGGCAUACAGCUUCCGGGUCAUGUGGCCAGCAUGACUAAGCCGCUUCUGGCAAACCAGAGCAGCGCACGGAAACGCCGUUUACCUUCUCACCGGAGUGGUACCUAUUUAUCUACUUGCACUUUGAUGUGCUUUCGAACUGCUAGGUUGGCAGGAGCAGGGACCAAGCAACGGGAACUUACCCAGUCGCAGGGAUUCAAACCGCCAACCUUCUGAUCGGAAGUUCCUAGGCUCUGUGGUUUAACCCACAGCGCCACCCGUGUCCCAUGACUGUAAAUAAGAUUAAUUCAUCUACAACCAUAAGUUUAUGCAAGUAAAGCUUUUGAAUGCUAAAGUCUGAACAUUGGUUUAAUUUCCUAAGAAGGGUGUCAGUCAUAUAUAUAGGAACUGAUGUUCUUAGCUACUCACUACUCUUACACUCAACACCACUCUCUAGUGAGUGUAAUGAGCAGAAAUCUUUCUUCCCAACUUUGAAGCCACAGAGAUGGAUGGGUCUGCAUGAGUGGUUGUGUAGUGAGUCCCACCACGAACUCAGCUCUGAUGUCAGGAGGAAGAUGGAGGCGUUGCUUUGUUAUGUGCAAAUGGAUUUAGAUACCUAUUUGGUCCAUAAAUUACCAUAUAGCAGGGGUCAACAAACUUUUUCAGCAGGGGCCGGUCCACUGCCCCUCUGACCUUGGGGGGACGGACUAUAUUUUUAUUUGGGGCGGGGAAAAUGAACAAAUUCCUAUGCCCCACAAAUAACCCAGAGAUGCAUUUUAAAUAAAAGGACACAUUCUACUCAUGUAAAAACACACUGAUUCCCGGACCGUCCGCGGGCCAGAUUGAGAAGGCGAUUGGGCCGGAUCCAGCCCCCGGGCCUUAGAUUGCCUACCCAUGCCAUAUAGCAUAUAUUCAACACUAAAAACAGCAACAAUUUGUUGUUGAUAAAGGACAGCUGGACAUCACCUUCAGCGUUUCUGUGCGCUGCUCUGGUUCACCAGAAGCAGCUUAGUCAUGCUGGCCACAUGACCCGGAAGUUGUAUGCCUGCUCCCUCAGCCAAUAAAGCAAGAUGAGCGCUGCAACCCCAGAAUCAUCUGCAACUGGACCUAAUGAUCAGGGGUCCCUUUACCCUUUACCUUUUACCUUCAGUAGCUUAGGGCCUCAUCAAACCUAAAUCCAGACCUGACCAGAGGCAUGUUAGGCACCACUGCCUGAAGGUGUUCCAGGCACCAUUAAGAAAGAGUAACAUCAAAAAGGCUGUACAGUGGUACCUCGGGUUAAGUACUUAAUUCAUUCUGGAGGUCUGUUCUUAACCUGAAACUGUUCUUAACCUGAAGCACCACCUUAGUUAAUGGGGCCUCCCGCUGCUACCGCGCCUAUGGACAAUUUCUGUUCUCAUUCUGAAGCAAAGUUCUUAACCCAAGGUACUAUUUCCGGGUUAGCGGAGUCUGCAACCUGAAGUGUAUGUAACCUGAAGUGUAUGUAACCUGAGGUACCACUGUACAGAGAAGGGGUACAAUGAGUACCUACUUUCUCACCCAACUCCAGAAUGUAGCAAUUCCUGACAAGAAAAGCUUGUGACCUUCAAGGCAUUGGAAAAUUUCUGACAAAAAAAAGCAAGUAAGCAAGUACACAACCGAGGUGUAUAAAAUGAAGCCCGGUGUGGAGAAGGUGGUUAGAGAAAAGUUUUGCUCCCUCUCUCAUAACAAGUAUGUGGAAUGACUGCAUUGGGGGCCAAGAGAACAACGCGCACGACUGCCUCUUCCCACACAGAACUUCAGUGAAUUUGUCUUCACAAGCCAGAGAGCAGAUGCAAAGUGCAUUCUUCACCCUCAGUGAAUGAGGCACGAAGGCCUCUGCAAGGCUCAUUAGAGGCAAGACAUGCAAGGGUGCUGUGGAAAUUUGGGAGUGCCAGGAUUGGGAACAGAUGCUGGUGGUUUAUUCUGGCAGCAUGGCUCCCGCAACUCUGCCUAGGCUUUCAAGUCUGAGGUUUAGCAGGCUGCGCUAUAUCUAGGUUAUGAUGAUAUGGCCUCUUACUGUGAGACAUACGGAUCUGUCUAGCCUCGUAUCGUCGGUUCUGAUUGACAGCUGCUCUCCCACUCCCAGGCAGAAGUCUUUCUCAAGUUGUAGGUGGUGGUGAAUUAGCAGGUGGGGAUGUGCAUAACCAGCAGGUUUAUAAAUCCAAAAAGCAGAACAAGGUGAAUAAUAAUAAUAAUAAUAAUAAUAAUAAUAAUAAUAUAUUAUUUAUACCCCGCCCAUCUGGCUGGGUUUCCCCAGCCACUCUGGGCGGCUUCCAACAGAAUAUUAAAAUACAAUAAUAUAUUAAACAUUUAAAGCUUCCCUAAACAGGGCUGCCUUCAGAUGUCCUCUAAAAGUCUGGUAGUUGUUUUUCUUUUUGACAUCCGGUGGGAAGGCGUUCCACAGGGCGGGUGCCACUACUGAGAAGGCCCUCUGCCUGGUUCCCUGUAACUUGGCUUCUCGCAGCGAGGGAACCGCCAGAAGGCCCUCGGCGCUGGACCUCAGUGUCCAGGGAGAACAAUGGAGGUGGAGACACUCCUUCAGGUAUACUGGACCAAGGCUGUUUAGGGCUUUAAAGGUCAGCACCAACACUUUGAAUUGUGCUCGGAAACGUACUGGGAGCCAGUGUAGGUCUUUCAAGACCGGUGUUAUGUGGUCAUCCAGUUUUGCCUGCCUAAGCUAAUAUGGAGGUUAGACAAUGUCUGUAUUGAACAUUCAUUAUCAUUUGGUGCCAGGUUCAUUGAAUUCUGACCCUCCCCCCUCUCACGGCAGACAGCCAAGGAAGCCAAGGAAGUAGACAAGGAAGCUCUUGUUGUUGUUUAGUCAUUUAGUCGUGUCCGACUCUUCGUGACCCCAUGGACCAGAGCAUGCCAGGCCCUCCUAUCUUCCACUGCCUCCCGCAGUUUGGUCAAACUCAUGUUCAUAGCUCUUAGCCAGUCUUGAUUCAAUACUCACAGCAAGCAGCCUCUGUACGCUUCCUCUUAAGUUAAUGGUAUUGCUCCAACUGAACUCCUCCCCCCUUAGUUUGACUUCCGAAAUGUUCAAAGACCAAGAUACAGCUUCUGAUUGGUGCAGGUGCUCCAGAAACAAUAGCCAACAGCCGCAUCGGAUGUUCAGCUUCCAAAAAACGUCCGAAAACCAGAACACUUACUUCCAGGUUUUCAGCAUUUGAGAACCAAGGUAUGCAGUUAAAUCCCUCCUGCAAAAUUCUUUCUUUCUUUCUGCCUCCCUCCAAAAUUACUUUGCGUCCUUUCGCUAAAGGCUGUGAAAAGCUGUGAAAAACAAGUGAUGCUUUUUGUGGGGGCAAAAAUGGUUGCAAAAUUGACUUUUUAAAAAAAUAUAAUUUUUAUUAGUUUUUUUUAAGAUAUCAUUUUCAACAGUAAUUAAACAUAUUUUUACAUCUUAUUCAAAUUUUUGACUUCCAUCAAUCCUGUCUGAAAAUUUUCCAAUCUCUCAGUAUGCAUUUCUUAUCUUCCCUAUUACAUUUUAAACUCACAACCAAUAUCUCUAUCUUUUUAUACUUUGUAACACUUCGUAUAUUUCCCCUUACAAAACUUCUUGUAGUCCUAAUAGCGUAAUUUGUUGAUUACAGUUGCUCUACAAAUAAUUCAUAUACUUCUUCCAAUCUUCUGUAAAUCUCUGGUCCCGCAGGUUUCGAAUCCUUUCUGUCAUUUUGUCCAAUUCUGCAUAGUCCAUUAAUUUCGUCUGCCAUUCUUCUUUCGUCGGAAUUUCUUCUUGUUUCCAUUUCUUGGCUAAUAAUACUCUUGCCGCAGUUGUUGCAUAUAAAAACAAUUUAACAUCUUGCCUAUUAAUGUCCUGACCUAUAAUACCAAGUAAAAAUGCUUCUGGUUUUUUUAAGAAUGUGUAUUUCACCAUCUUUUUUCAUCUCAUUAUAUAUCAUUAUAUAUAUUUUCGUGAUAUAUAAUGAUAUGCAAAAUUAACAUUUAGAAAGAGAACAAAUGCCAUGCCCGUUGCUGUGGGUUGAACAUAGGGGGGAGAACAGAGGGUGGGGGUGGGAAUCCAGUCUUCCUGGUAAGAUGUAAAGUCAAUUGCAAUUGCUCUUGUAGGUAACACCAGAAGAAGUGCUCCAUAGCUUCCAUGAACAUAAGUCCAUAAAUCUGGAGUGGCGAGGGACCUGCAGCCCUCCAAGUAUUGCUAAACUACAUCUACCAUAAUUCCUGACCACAACACCUCAAAAGCCACAGGUUCCCUUGCCCCUACGGUAAACUAAAUAAGAUCAUCAUUAUAUUAAUUGUUGUCUUUUGUUCUUUAAAAAUAUUGAAUACAACUUAUUUUAAAUUCACAGCAUGCCCUCCACAUUUUUAAAAAAUAAUAUUUCUUAAAAGUUCCAUUUUAACAAUCCAAUCAAAACCACAUUAAAAACAUUCCAAUGCCCUCCCCAUUUUAGCUUAGCACUGAUAUUAACUGUAGGGACACGGGUGGCGCUGUGGUCUAAACCACAGAGCCUAGGGCUUGCCGAUCAGAAGGUCGGCAGUUCGAAUCCCCAUGAUGAGGUGAGCUUCCGUUGUUCGAUCCCAGCUCCUGCCCACCUAGCGGUUCGAAAGCAUGUCAAAGUGCAAGUUGAUGAAUAGGUACCGCUCCGGCGGGAAAUUAAAUGGUGUUUCCGUGUGCUGCUCUGGUUCGCCAGAAGCAGCUUAGUCAUGCUGGCCACAUGACCCCGAAGCUGUACUCCGGCUCCCUCGGCCAGUAAAGCGAGAUGAGCGCUGCAACCCCAGAGUCGGCCAUGACUGGACCUAAUGGUCAGGGGUACCUUCACCUUUGAAUAUUAAUUGUAUUGUGCCAGAAAGAUGGUCGCUUUUUAAAUGAAUAUCAACUCCAAUAUGAUCACGUUGUUGGAGAUGGUGGGCCAGAAGAGGCAAGUCACCAGAGGAUCAGGGCCGUCCUAUGCAUCAGGGCAGAUCAAAGCCGGCCAGCCCCAGUCCCAAGUUGCAGGAGCAACAUUGUUGGUUGCUAGUUCCUGCCUGAACCCUGUCCUGCUUUCCUGCCUGAGCUCCUGACCCGCCCUGGCUCCCUGGUUGCAACCCUGUUCCUGACUUCACCCGAAUCCCUGACCUGCACCCAGCUACGGCUACUACGGACUGCCUCCAUGUUGCACCUUUGACCAUGGACUGGACUUGGACCUCGCCUCUCGGGUAACCCACGGGACCAGCACAGCAUCCCUGCCAAAUCCUGGUGGAUCAGGCUGAUGGUCCAUCUCUUCCAGCAUCCUCUUCUCUCAGUGACCAACCAGACGUCUAUGAGAUGCCUACAAGCAGAACCUGAAUGUAUCAGUACUGGUAUCCUGAUUUUGUUUUUUCUUUGUAAUGUUUUGAAAUUUUGGAACAGCUGCUUAGAAGUGCUUUUGCUUUGCUUUGCUUUCAUGUAAAGCAGUCACAAAAUAAAUAAAUAUAUUGAUCUUUCAGCCAGGGAGAAAUUAAUUUUGGCUGUAGUAUGCCUUGACAGCUUGCGCUGCCUUUCCAGAAAAUGACGGUUGAUGGUUCUGAAGUGAUCAGAAUGGAGCGUUCAACCUUUCAGCCGCAUUCUAGGCCUUGUUCAUGCUAAAUUCUUUCUCUCUCCCCACAACUUACAGGUGCACAUUCAUUCGUCAUGCUCCUGCCCCUACUUCUGGCACUGCAUUUCAUUAUGCUCAUUCCUGGUGAGUGUCAUUUUCUUUGCUGCAGCCAAGUCUUGAAAGUUAACUCCGCCUGCUAAAAUUAUUAGAUCGCAGUGCCAACGGAAGCUUCCUUCUGGGACUAACAGUGGAUUGAGCACUGGGGAAGGAGGGUACUUCCUUGGGACCACAGUGGGGAGGAGAGCUCAUUCCUCCUUCCCCAUGGUUUGAAUCCUGAUCGGGGCUCCCUGCUGGUGUUCGUUUAGGCACGGAGCUAGAGAUGAAGAGUGUGGACUUGAUAUCCCGCUUUAUCACUACCCUAAGGAGUCUCAAAGUGGCUAACAUUCUCCUUUCCCUUCCUCCCCCACAACAAACACUCUGUGAGGUGAGUGGCCCUGAGAGACUUCAGAGAAUUGUGACUAGCCCAAGGUCACCCAGCAGCUGUCUGUGGAGGAGCGGAGACGCAAACCCGGUUCCCCAGAUUAUGAGAAUACUGCUCUUAACCACUACACCACACUGGCUAAAUAAAUGCAGGUACACAUUUAGCAUCUCAUCUGCUUUGACCCUCAGUCAGAGCCGUCUUUCCCAUUGCGCUUACUGGCACGUUGCGCCAGGGAGCCAGCUUCUCAGGGGCGCCCCAGCGAGUGGGGGAGCCGCGUGGCUUUGCCAGUGGCCUCCCCUUUCCCUGCACGCCCACCAGCUGCGCCCCAUCAACCAUAUGGCUGGCAGGCGUGCAGCUUACCACCCAAGCCUCCACAGGAGGAGAGCGAUCCCCACAGAGACUUAGGGUGGAAACUGCGCCCCACCAACUAUAUGGCUGGCAAGCAUGCAUCUUCCUUCCCAAGCCUCCAUGAGAGAAGAGCAAUCCCUGCAGAGGCUUGGGAAAAGGUUGACAACUCUGGCAAACAGGGGGUGGGGUGCUGGAGGGAUCUUUGCACCACAGCGCUGGAUAUGCUUAAGACGGCCCUGCCGUCAGCCACUAUACCACAGCUGCUCUACAUUUGCACACACAGCUGCACAUGGAAGUACAGGAUCUGAGCAUCCUUUUCAGGCAACGCACUUUCUGCUUCCUGCAAGCAGUCAUUGGGGAUGGUGUGGUGGUCCUAGCGGUCAGGGAUAUAUGAAUUUGGCAGCAAAGAUUGUUGCCUCAAGCUUGAAUCAUUCUUCGUUUGAUAUACCAUCUAAAAAAACCCCUACUUCGGGAAAUUCUCUUUUAAGUCAUUAGUUGGUGUUACCUUGUGCAUAUUGUAUGCUACUUGACUUGGAAUGAAGAUACAAUUUGGUAGCUAUAUAAAGUGUUGUGAUCGAAUUAUUAGCCUGUCGUGUUGCUUUUAGGUUACCAGGGAUAUAUGAAUGGUAGAACUUCCCAUGCAAAUUAUUUUUAAUAUAUUUUUAAUAUUCUGUUGGGAGCCUCCCAGAGUGGCGGCUCCCAACAGAAUAUUAAAAACACGAUAAAACAUCAAACAUUAAAAACUUCCCUAAACAGGGCUGCCUUCAGAUGUCUUCUAAGUCAGAUAGUUGUAUAUUUCCUUGACACCUGAAGGGAGAGUGUUCCACAGGGCAGGUGCCACUACCAAGAAGGCCCUCUGCCUGGUUCCCUGUAACCUCACUUCUCACAGCGAGGGAACCACCAGAAGGCCCUCGGAGCUGGACCUCAGUGUCCGGGCUGAAUGAUGGGGGUGGAGACGCUCCUUCAGGUAUACUGGGCCGAGGCCAUUUAGGGCUUUAAAGGUCAGCACCAACACUUUGAAUUGUGCUCGGAAACAUACUGGGAGCCAAUGUAGGUCUCGGCGGUCACUCCCAGUCACCAGCCUAGCUGCCGCAAAAACGAUGGGUUCAGAUUGUGACUUUGAGGUGAGGGAAGGGAAGAGUUCAGCUAUCCUUCCCUGUGCAGCCUUUCUGGUGUUAAUGUUAUCACACACACACCUUUAUAGUUAGGACCAAAAAAACCACAUUGGUACCACCAUCUUGUUUAGAUUAGCCCCAAGUGUAGUCGACCUUCCAGAAUCACACAAGAAGAAACAGCUGGUGGUUUAAGCUAUGAAUAUGGAACCUGAGGCACUCCAGGUGUCAUUGAACUACAAUUCCAUCAUCCUUGACGAUUGACCAUACUGACUGGGGCAGAUGGGACUUGGAGUCCAGCGACAUCUUGAAAGCUUCAUUUAAGCUAUUCACCCUUCAGAAGGAGUGAAAUGCCUGACCAGCAAAACACUUUUUUAAUGACCAGCCACUCGUUGUGUCUCCUUUUCUUACAGCACUGAAAGUAACUUUCAAUAGCAUACUAAAAAGAAUCAGUUGUCGUUUUCUGUAUGAAUCCUGUUCUGAUUCAUGGAAAUUACUCUGCAGUUUUCCGUAAAGAGACACUGAUUGUGCAACUUCAGCUCAAGGUGUGUUGAAAUGGAGCCACCUGAGCUGUUUUGUGCAAAUGGAGAGAUGCCCAAGAGAUCUCGACAGCUGCGUCUGCGUUCUUUAUUUACAGCUUUUCCGCUUUUGCCAGAUACGAAACACAUACAAAAAUAAUACUCUAAAAAUAUACAUGGCGCAUACAAUUUCUACAUGGGAGGCGCCAACUAUGGAAUUCUUUCUCCCAUUCACUGAGCAUAUAAAGCAAACAUCCCAGUUGAGCAUAAUGCAAUGAUGAAUCACGGCUUCACAGCCAGAACACAAUUUAUCCUGUGCAAGCUAUCGGCACAGUCCACUCCAUGCCCUGUUCCUGAACGGUCACUAUGCAAACGCUAUUCUCUGUGCAUAGGAAUGGGGUUGUUGGGUUCAGCAGUAGGAGAAUCUUCAAAGAACACCAUGCUAGGAUGGAAAUUAAGGGACUUAUCUCCUAUGUUUUACAGUGGUACCUUGGGUUAAGAACUUAAUUCGUUCUGGAGGUCCGUUCUUAACCUGAAACUGUCCUUAACCUGAGGUACCACUUUAGCUAAUGGGGCCUCCUGCUGCCACCACGCCACCGCCAUGCGAUUUCUGUUCUCAUCCUGAAGCAAAGUUCUUAACCCGAGGUAUUAUUUUUGGGUUAGCAGAGUCUGUGACCUGAAGCGUCUGUAACCCGAGGAACCGCUGUAAUGGUUUACAGUCCAAUCCUGUACAUGUUUACGCAGAUAUAAACCCCACUGAGCUCAAUGAAGCCUUCCCUGAUGCAAGUAUGUGUGGGACAGCAGCCUUAACUAGUGCAGUGGUACCUCAGGAUGCGAACGGGAUCCGUUCCAGAGCCCCGUUCACAUCCUGAAUAGCAUGUAAGACGUGACGGCACGUCUGCAUGUGCACGGGUCGCGUUUUGCCGCUUCCGCGCAUGCGCGUGACGUCAUUUUGAGUGUCUGUGCAUGCACAAGCGGCAAAACCCAGAAGUAACGCGCUCCGUUACUUCCGGGUUGCCACGGAGCGCAACCCAAAAGCGCUCAACCUGAAGCACAUUCAACCUGAGGCAUGACUGUAUUUAUCUCUUGAUGCUUCCAUUAAACAGAAUAAAGUUCCAUACAUAGAGUCCUAGACUCCAGAGAAGUAGUUCCAUUAGUGCAAUGACCUUUGGCUGCAUGGUGGAACUUCUGCUCCCUGUACAGCCCCUGUACGACCCCUAAUUUUGUCCUGGGGGUUCCCACAACUUUCCACAGCAGAUUUGGGGAGGGUGCAGGGGCACACAAGGAGAGGAGAGGAGGGGAAAUGCUUGUGCAAAUGGAAUCAUACCGCCCACAGUUCAAACUUGUUCCCAUGGACUUUUCCUACUUUUCUGUUUCAUUGUCUCAACAUUUUCAUCUGACCAACCUCUAUAUGUCAACCAACAUUGUUUUGAAAUGUCUUCUACCAAGCCUUGUGGCUCAUGCUGCUGACAAGAGGAGCAAGAUUUUCUAUGUCAGAAAUGUUGAAACGCACACUUUCCAUCUCUACCAACUGAUGAACCCAGUUGCUGAGGAACGCUAAAUUAAACUGAGUGUACGCAAUUAAACUGUGACACCACCCCCCACUCCAGGAACAGAUUAAUUCAUUUUUAAUUUAGUCUAAUCGUUCCCAGGGUCGCUUUGAAAAUAAGCUACGAUUUACCAAUGCUUUUCAUUCCCAGAGCCAGGGAGAACCUGGGAAGAGCCUCCUGAUAACCACUCAUGGUACCAGUCUCUGCAGGUAUGGCUUGUUAGAACAUACAGGGCAAUAGAUGUUUAUGUCUUGGUUUUGCAUAAGCAUUGUAGUUUCGAAUAUAUUGAUUUGCAUAGAUUUAUGGAAUACAAUGGCUGAAGAUGCAAGUGAUCUUCCUCUCUCUAUCCACACCAGAAGUGGUGUGAUUUGGGUUCCAGAUUGUGGGUGCCCAGCAAUCCAUGCACGCGUGAGAGAGAUCUCUCCACCUGAAGAGAUCACAUGUGGUCAAAGAAGAAGAAGAAGAAGAGUUUGGAUUUGAUAUCCCGCCUUUCACUCCCCUUCAGGAGUCUCAAAGCGGCUAACAUUCUCCUUUCCCUUCCUCCCCCACAACAAACACUCUGUGAGGUGAGUGGGGCUGAGAGACUUCAAAGAAGUGUGACUGGCCCAAGGUCACCCAGCAGCUGCAUGUGGAGGAGCGGGGAAGCGAACCCGGUUCCCCAGAUUACGAGUCCACCACUCUUAACCACUACACCACACUGGCUCAAAGAGGGUUCUGGGUAGCCAUGUUGAUAAACGGGAUACUAUACUAGAUUAUAGGCCUCUUGUCUGAAUUAGUAGGGCUCAUACUAUGUUCUUAUCAGUUAAUAAGUCUCUUCCUUUAUAUUUUCACCACUUGGGAAAGUUCUUUCUUUCUUUUUUUUAGUUCUUCGUCAUGACUUCUUGGUUUAUUUCUGUCGCCACAAUAAUGAAGCCACAGGUAUUCUUUUGUUCAUAACUCCAGCAGGAAAGGAUGGCAAAAACGUCUUAGGUAUUAAUGGAACAGACGUCUUUUAUUUAAAAAAAACCAGUCUGAUAUAGCUUGUAAGUAAAUCUUGGUCAGUUGCGAAAAGCCAUUUAGGUUCAAACACUUUGUUUUAGGUUCAAACGCUUUGUUUUAAUGGUAAAUUAGCAAGUUCGGUAAGUAAAAUAGGCUAAUCAUUUAGGUUUGCUUCAGUUUGUUAGAAGUGUAGCCAUAGACAUACCCACGGGCUCGGGCUUCUCGUCAGCGGAGGGUUACGGGAACUAGCACCGAAGAAGUUCUCCCCCUUCUCCCCCUUCUUGCUCAACUUUUAGGAGCUUGAAAAUGGUCUGGGGGUCCUCUUCUUUCUGCUGCAGCAACGCCAUAUCACCCUGGAAUCUCCUCCCAAGGCUUUGGGGUCAGCUUAGCCUUAGCUUCCCCUUCUAGCUCCGCUAACGAAUGCAUACCUCCCGACCUUGGCAAAGUGGGAGAUAUGCGUCUGUCCGUGAGCAACGACUACCUGGAAGACCCCAGCAGGCAUUCUCAAUAAGGAAGUGAAAGUUGGAGGAGUGUCACUCCAAUGAGGAGUGACAGUUGGAGAACUAGGCCUCAAACCUUCCGGCCUAAAAGAGCAGGUUUUAGCAGGGAAAGCCACCCCCCCACACACACACACUCAGAGGUGGAGAUUUAAAGCACAGACCUGGAAAGAACAGGGCAAAAUUUAAGUGUGGAUAAGCCCUUAGAUUUAAAAAGAAGGAGAUGUUCCUGCCUCUCUCAUGGCGCUCAACCCUUCCGGGCUGCCCUCGGAAUGUAGAAUCACUGUCAUUUCUUUUAAAUCUAUUGUGUUCUUCAGAAAAUGGGAGAAAGAUUUGAGGACUAUGUUAAGACCAUAGAUCUUCUUCUGCAGAAACUUGACAACUGGACGGAAGAUCACUUGGGGGCUUUAGACCAGUUGGUGAAUGAACAUGUCAUAAACCUAUGGGAAUGGCUGGAGCAACAUAGCAAGGAUCUCACCGCAUGGCUCAAUAUGUACUUGUGGACCCUCCAAGAGCUCCAUAAUAGGUAUAUGGAAGGUUCUGACUACAGGCUGGGCAAAGAGAUCCUACUUCAUGACAAAUGUUGGGAAGAAAACAUCAGCAAAGCAGACAUGUGGUUGAAACACCCAAAUACUACCCUAAACAAGUGGCUGGAGGAGGACCUCAUGACCUUCAACAAAGCAUUGGAGAUCCCGGGCAACAGUGUGGGCAAUUCACGGCAAGAGUCUACAAAGAUUCAUAUCCAGCACCCAGAAGACCAUGUUAAAAUCCUAGAGCAGUUAUUGGCCGACUACACAGCAACUGCCACUAAGUGACUAGAGGGGUGCAGCACACUGAGAGAAGCAUCUUCUCAGAAAUCUGCCCCAAAGCUAGGAAGAGCACAAGCAACAGCACUGGGGGUUAAGUGCCUCAAUGUCAUGAAAUGGCUAGAAGAGAAUGUUGAUGCCUUGGAACAGUGGCUGUUGGAUUCCAUGAAUUGGCAAAAGAAACGAAAGAUCAUCAUCUAAGCAUUGUCAGAUGUAUUUGAAUGAGUUCUGCAUGAGAUAUCUCCCACCAGGACUUACGAAACUUAAACUGUGGGUUUCUACAGUCUAUGAACUUGCAGGCUGUAAUAUUCCAACAUGAAUAAAACCUAA